UCGCGGCCGCCUUCGCCCGUGCCGCCUCCCAUGUCGCCCAUCACGCCGCCGCUGCCCUCUGCACAGCUUUCCGUAGAUGCGAACCGAAAUACCAUUGUCAGUUCCGAGGCGCUGCCGCCUCUUGCGACAACGACGGCGCAACAGUCCGCUCGCCCAACAUUCACCCACUCACAGUCCAACCAAGUCGGCGUCCCGCCGCCAGCCUCCACGCCCAUCGAGUUCGAAACCAAUCCGGAUGUCAUUGCCCUCCGAUCGGCCAUCACCGUGCUGCAGAUGCAGAGGAGCCGCGCAACAGCGGACAUCCAGACCCUCAGCCAGAUCAAGAACGAGGCGAUAGACAACCCAGACGAGUUCAUCCGCGACCUGGCGCAAGGAAGGAUCGGCCAGGGCGCCCGGACCGACGCCGACGCCGGCGACAACGAAGCUGCCCGAGCAUGGGCCGCGCAGCCCAUACCAAAAGCCCAAGACGUGGUUCGCUGCCCGCCCAUCAACUGGUCGCAGUAUGCUGUUGUGGGCGAAUCUCUGGACAAGCUGCACGCUGAGCAGGUGGCUAAACCUACGCAAGGUACGCCUGCUGCUGUUGGUGCUGGAGGUGUAUACCAGUUCAAAGGCGGCGACGGCAAACAAGAGGAAUAUCCCGGCGUGGCUGCUCCGUAUGCGCCGCUAAAGGAUAAAAUCGAGAGAAAGACCAAAACCAAGAAAUGA